AUGUUAGGAGCAGGACUUAACCCUAAAAUAUCACAAACACAAAGCAGGAGCAGGCCUGUUCCGAAAUGGGAGAAGGAAUUCUGCCUCCAAGUAGGCGGAAUGCAAUGGAAAGAUUUCUUGAAAGCCAAGAAAUACAUCUUGCCAACGGGGAAGAUCAUGCUGUGGGAUGACACUGAAGGGAAGGAGUGCUUCUACAACGCUAAGAGCAGGUUUUGGGCACUCAAAUUCGGUCACACCCGUAAUUACAAAAUGCACUAUCAAAAUCCUGACAAAUAUAUUGAUAAAAUUGACUGGAAUUCUGAAGUCGAUCCUCGACUUUUAAUGGGACUGGAAGUAGCACUUGAGCCAGUGCCUUGUGAUCACAAGGAGAAGAAUCCUGUUGUUUCUGUAGAAGAAAUCAAGCCAACAGGAUGGGAUGUGUGUGAAGAUUGGCAAGGACCUAGGUGCUUGACAGGCUUGAUUGUUGGAGACAAAGAGGUUGGAAACUGCGUUGGACAACAAGAACUUGCUAAUUGUUCGACAAUUAAUUAG